AUGUCUCCUUCACCACAACUCGCCCCUCCAGGGAGCAGCUCCUACGAUUCGGCCACAAUGCAUGUUGGAGAUGGCACUUGGGACGCUGGUAGAGACAAUUUCCUGUUACCCAACUUGGUCGGUCUCAACUUUGCGACCAUGAGAUAUAAUGGAAUGGGCAACCGCUUUUUCACCAUGAACGGUUAUCAUGCUUUGGUCAGGGCUCAUGGUAUCAUAGCUGGCAUCACCUUCCUUGGAAUCGUCCCUCUUGCGAUCUUCAUCAUGCGCUUUUACGGUCGCAACCCUCGACUAGCAUUUCGCUCUCACAUCUGGCUUCAGAUCCUCACUCUUUUGCUCAGCACCGUCGCGUUUAUCUUGGGCUUCAUGGCUGUGGGCCCCGAAAGAAGUCUAUCAAAUCCACAUCAUGGCAUUGGAGUCGCUAUUUAUGUUCUCAUCUGGGUCCAAGUACUCGGUGGAUGUCUAGUUCAUUCAAGGGAGAAAGGAAAAUCUCGUCGCUACAAACCCAUGAAAGUCAUGCUGCAUCAAUGGUUUGGUCGGUCUAUUGCCCUUCUGGGAAUCAUUCAAGUGCCCCUCGGUCUAACAGUUUAUGGCUCACCCUUGUUCCUCUUCGUCCUCUAUGCUCUUUUCGUCUUUGCUCUAGUCGUCCUGUGGUUCAUUCUAUCCUUCCUGGCCGAACGCAAGAGAGGAGAGUAUGGGAGCUACGGAGGCAGUUACUAUAGUGAAGAGGUUAAUGAGCACCACGGAAAACACGAUGAAGGAGGAGGCAAGGGCAAAUGGCUUCUGGGAGGGGCUGCCGCUCUUGGGUUGGCUUCGCUAUGGAGACGACGAUCCAACAAAGACAAAGAACGCCGGGCACAUCCCAGCGUCGUGGGCACAGAAACCAGUAUUUCGUCUUCCUAUAUCUCUGAUGAAAAGUACUCGAACGUCUCACCACAACGAAAAGGCGUUGGUCAUCGCCUCCUCCAGGUUGCGGCCAUUGGUGGAGCUGUUGCUGCUGCCAAAAAAUUGUUCGGCAGAGGCAAAGAUGAUGAGUCCGACGUGGGCCCCUAUCGACCACCACUUGGCGGCAAUCAAUCUGUAACCACGGAUUCCAUGUCCCGAAUAGAAGAAGGGAGACCACCCGUCCGACCAACAACACCCCUCGGAAACAGUCCAGGUUAUGGUCGACCAACACACCCUCUCGCUCAACCUCCCAUGACUCCCGGAUCGGCCGGCCGGAGAAAUUCUGGCUCCUCAUAUUCUUACGAUGAUUCAUUUGUCUCGGGCUCGCCCUCAAGACGAGAUAGAAGAGGUCACACUUUCCGAGAUGCUUUGGCGACGGGCGGUGCGGUUUUCGCUGUUCGAUCAAUAUUCAAAAAUCGGCGCCAGAGAAAAGAAGACCUUCGUGCAGAAACGUUGAGAAAACAAAGAGUCGAUCAAGAAAAGAUUCAACGGAUGGAAUCUGUGCAUAAAUACACUGGUGAUGGGGUCAGACCGCCCAGGCGAAAUCACCACCAUAGAAUGGGCAGCCAAACAGCGUCCGACAUAUCAAGUUCUCUAGAAAGCGGCACUCAACAUGGCAUGAGUGGUGCUUUACCAGCGGCGGGAGUUGGUGCCGCGGCAGCGAGUGCACUUGCAGACAGGAAUAGGAUACGUCCGGUAGGACAUGACCCUCCUAUUGUGGUGCCAGGCCCUGCAACAGCAGGCACUCUGGGAGACAUUCCACCACCUCCUCCACCCCACCAUAGCGACUAUGCUUCUUCUGGUAGCGAAAUCUAUACCACCGCUUCUGGUCACCAACGACAACGCCACCACCAUCACGGUAACGAACUCGCUGCUGGUCUUGCUGGUGCUGCAAUGGGAGCCACCGCAGCCGAGGCUCGACGCCGCACUAGUGGACGUAACAACGGCAAUACCGACUCGAUGGAAUCCCCUCCAGUUUCAGUGAAGAUCAACAUGCACAAUGAUGGGCGAAAGGUGACACUCCGUCGCUUGACAGAAGAAGAAGCCCUGGCACAGCGCGAGGCCCGACGGAAAGAGCGACAGGCAGCUGCAGCUGGCAGAAGAAGACGCAAUUCCAGUCUCAGCAGUAGUGACUUGGGAGAAAUCGGCGGUACAUCAGCAGGAGCCAGCACCGACCGUCGAUGGCGGCGGACAGAGGCUCUUGAAGCACAACAAGCAGCAGAAAACGAAGCAGCCGCCGCUGCCAACCUACCUCAGCCUGUACACACCCCAGCAGCUUCUCUAUAUCCGACCCCUCCCCCGCCAGGUACAGGUGGUAUUGGCGUCGAUCCCACCACAGGACAAACCUACCAUGUUCCUCUCCCACCUCCAAUACCUGGAUCUGUAAGCAAUCUCGGGCCUGCUGGUAGUAUUACAAGCCCAGGGACGGAAACCAGUGGGGCGACAGAGUAUGCCAACAAUCGUCGACGGAGAAGGGCUGAGCGAGCGCAAGCGCGUCUAGCCCGCGAAGGUCGAGCGCAAAACACCGUGGACUUUACAUAA